ACCAGCCAGUUUCACAGUGACGUUCGUCGGGAAGGUACGCGUCGCGCUCGCUCCGUGAUACGUGAUACUUUUACGUGGUUCCAUAGAAAACCGGUUGGAAAGUGCCCGAGGUGUGGCGUGGGCGAACAGUGCCGCGUUCAACCAUAAAAUACUCUUGUUACAGUUCCGAAACUAAACUUUUUGUGUUUGAAAAUUAACUUUUACAGUGUUUGUGAGUAAUCGGAUCCCCGCUAUCAAUCAAGAGUGAGGGAGAGAGCAACACAAACUCCACAAGUGCGAGAGGGACAAAGUAUCUGGAUCAAACCGGUUAAUAGUGUCCGUUUGAAGCAUCGCCUAGUAUGCUGGUUCGAAAAUCGAAUGCUUAAAAGUGUUUUGUGAUUGGUUCGAAUUGAGAAAGUGAUUGACAAGAUGGCCGUUGUUCCCGCGUUUUUUGGACUGCUUCUUGCUGUCAUUGUAUCAGGUCAAAAUGUGGAGAUUACUCCACGGGAAGCCGUCGUCCGGGUCGGCGGUGAGCUGACAGUGCUGUGUAAAGUGCCCUACCCUAUCGACUCUUGCAGAAUCACGGUGGGCACCACCUCGUACAGACUCCGGCCGGACAACCUGCAGGGAGACGUGGUCUACACCGGGCAGGGGUUACAGUCUGGUGAAUGCGGAGCCUUAAUAAAGAACAUUCUGGACGACUGGACUGGUAACGUGACGUGCGUGCUGCCUCCUCAGACUGGCAGCAUUGAGAUCAAGGGUACCAUGAAACUUAUCGUCGCAAGACCUCCUGCGCCGCCGGUACUGGAGACUCCGCCUCAGGCGAGCUUCCGUGACGGAGACAAGUUCACAGCUCAGUGCAUCGUGCCCGACGGCCGGCCCGCUGCCAAGAUCAGCUGGUUCCUUGGUGAAGAGGAACUCCUACACGGCGUCCACCAGCCGAUCUUAUCAUCAGAGCCAGGAUCAGACCUUCAGACCAUCAGACAGAACGUGAGCAGAACCCUGACAGAUGAUGACGACAACAAGAUCCUGGUCUGCAGGGCUGAACACCUGGCUCUGGAGCGGCCCAUGGAGGCGAAGAGACAGCUGAUCGUGCAGUACCCACCGAAACGUCAAGAAUUCGGGACAAUCACCAUCUUUGGACUGAAGUUAGGCGCAGAAGGCCGCCUCAAUGUGACCGUUCGGGCCAACCCUCGCCCCACCGCCGAGUGGACCGUAGGAGACCAGGUCUUGCAAGCUCCCAGACGCACUGAAGCUGGAGAUUUCGUCGCACUGGAACCUCUGCCUUUGGGCAACGGAUUCUACAACGUAACUCUGAUAGUUGCACGAGUUGCAAAGGAGGACGUUGACCGCACCUACUACCUCCGCGUUGACAACGGACUGGGCAGGGAGGAGUUCGCAGUCAGGAUCAGCACGAUGGAUGAGCCAGCUGGUGUGGAAUUAGACACAGGAGCAAUCGUUGGAAUCGUAGUUGGCGUACUCAUAGUACUGAUAGCUGUCAGUCUCGGCGUUUUUGCCUUCGCGACUGACAGAUGGUGUUUCGCCGGACGAUCUCAUCGCACGGAUAUCCCUGACGGGGCCGACUCCGAAGCCCCCUUGCCCCCCCACGAUGACAUCAAGGGCUCGGAGAACCCCUCGCACGAUCACGGCGACUACAUAACAAAUGGAGACACCAAGCACCCCGAAAAAAAACCAGACACGGCUGUUUAAACGUAAGUCGUUGCUUUGAAACUCAGGUGUCGAAGCCGGUAUUGACAUUUUUUAUUUUCUAAUCAAAUUGACAGGUUGUUUUGACGUUUGACAGAUUGUUUUUUUUUUUAAUUUAAGUGUACUGAGUUUACACUGUCAAUAUGUAGUAAGUUCAAAUUACUUUGACGGUAUAAUCCCUGCAAAUUGCUAAAAGAAAAAAACCCGAUGCAAAAAAACUGCAUUUUGUAACACCUUUCAAUAUUGAUGUACUGUCUAUUUGAAAACAAAAUGGCGGCUGUAUUAGCAAUUUGCAAUGAUUAUACAAUUUCGAAAUUGUCUAAACAAACAGUUAUCAUUAUAAAACGAAACAAGAUGUAGUUACAAAAUUAUCUUUGCUGGUGAUGGCGCCACUAGUAACGACACACAAACUGACAUUUUUUACAGAUUUCUCUGUAAAACUGACAUCUCGAAAACUUACAGUUGAGAAAACGAGAUGCCGCUCUACGUUUUGUGUGCCUUCUCUUUUCCGCAACUGAACGUAUUGCUUCAAAAGGUCUGAAUAAUAGACUUAUGAACGUGAGUUCUAAAAUUCGCCACCCGCAAAAAUAAUUUUGUGGUUAUAUCUUAGUGUUGUCAGGAAUAAUUCUCUCAUAUUGUAAUUGUUAUCUACUUAAAUCUUAGUUAAUAAGAAAUGUAUCUAUGGUGUGUACUUCACUGAAGCCCGGAAAAUCUAAAUACUUUUGUUAAAAUAUAUUUUAAGCUGACUUUUGCUGGGUAACCAUGAUAUGGUUGGCAAAAAAUAACAAAAUCAUAAAUUCACUCUUUUUUAUCUUUUUACUCAUUAUAAACGUGGGUGCAAACAUACUUUGGAAAUUAACUUUUAUUUAAACAUUCACAAGUUAUAAACAAUGAUACAAAAAAAAAAGAUUUUUUAAUUUAACGGGCUACAGUUUAAUAAUCCUAUUUAAAUUAAUACCAGUCUUUCAAAGCAUCUGAGUUUCACCGGCACCAAAAAAAAAAACUAAAUUUUGACAGGAGUGACAGUUUUCAUAAAUUCGAACUUCACAUAUAAUUGUUUAAUAUCUUAUAGUGCCAGACCUGUUUAACAUUGUUACUUAUAUUAAUAUUAAUAAAUUAAUAAAAAUGUACGCAAUUUAAAAAAAAUAAAAAUUCUAAAAUCGUAAAUAAAAUUUUUGGGAAAGAGAUUAAAAAUAUAUCGGCGUUCAGAAAUUGCUUUUUCAGUUAGAUUUAAAAGACGAAAAUUGACCGAUUUGAUACGGUUUUAUGUAAUUUCUGAACGUUUAAUCUUAGAAUAAUUAAUAUAGAAAUGUUUGGCGAAAUGUUUACCUAGUUACAAAGUAUAUGUCUCUCUUGAUGUUUUUAAUCUAGCAAAUAUAAUUUCAACAGGUCCAAGUUCAAAAAAUUAAAAAAUAUAACUCAUUUUAUUUUAUUUUUUACGGCCACCUAGAGUUUGUUAAUUCUCAGUGUGAAGAAACAAAAGCCAACAAAAAAAAAACCAUUUCGAAUAUAUCAAUUUUGUUGUACUUAUGACAUUCAACGUUAAAAUUAUAUUUGCUAGAUAAACUUGACGAUUGCUAUCGAGCUUUUUUUGCAAAACUUAACUUAGAUAGAGAAGAUAUUAAAAUUAAAUGUUUACUGAAUAAUUUAAAUCAAGACUUAAAGUAAAAGAAACUCGAUUGCUGUUUGUCAAAAAAAACCUGAUACUAAAACUAAUAUCAACUUUGAGAUGUUGAGGCUACUCAAAGUUGAGUGACGGUUGAGUACACGGUUAUUAGUAUGUAAAAGCAUAAGAAUCUCAAAAAUGUUUCUUCGCAAUAUACUUGUGUAACAACGAAAUCCCAACGCGUAAUUUAAGAUUUUUAAUAAAAAUAGUAAAAAAAUAUUUGGAGCACAUUUUUUUUUGUAAAAUUAUUCGAAAACGUUUGAGACUUUUUGAAAAUUAUAUUAUUAUAAUUUGCAAUUUUUACUGUAUUCAUUUUUUUUUACUUUCGAAUGAUUUCAAUUAGUUUUAGGACAGGUUGAGUGACUAAUUAUUGUGGCAGUUAUAAAAAAAACAAGGAUCUAUCUGUUUUUUCUUAAUAUGCAAUCAUCAAUGUAAUCAGAUAUGCAAAAUAUGCAAUUUUACUUCGACCUAUAAUCAGUAACUUAACCUGCUAAUUAAGUUAUAAAUGUGUUCGUACCAUCAUAUAAUAUUUUUGUAUAUAUUACGUAGUAAAAAUAAAAUAAAUCAAGUUUUUAAAAAUAAGUUUUAAUUCACUUAUCAUAAGCUAUGUAAUCGGUAACAUAAAAGUUUUUUUGCUCUAAAAUAAAUUUCGCUUGCAAAUUGUACAAUCAUUACAAUACAAUUUCCCUUUUUAACCGACUUAAAAAAGAAGGUUAUUUAAGUUUAGUUUAUCUCACUACGAUUGUGAUUUUUAAGUAUUUGUAAUUAAUAUAAUUAUGAAUUUAUUUUUGUACCAAUUUAGUUUUUAGUGUUAAUUAGCGACUUACAGAGGGUCAAUUAGUAUACAUACUAAAGACACUGCCAUUUUGCACUUUUGCCAAAACUUUGCUAUCAAUAAGCUCAAAUUAUUUUUAAGCUUAUACAACUUUUUAUGUCGGCCAAACAUUCUUAAGAAACAUGUUAAAAAAAUAAUCGUAAGUAAAAAAAAAUGUCAUGAUUUUUUUUGUCACAUCACUGUGUCAAUGUUUUUUUAAAUAAAUAGUUUUUCUCUCCUCACUAUCAAUGUCUGUAAUUAAAUGGUUAUGACGAAAUAUUAUUGAAUAUAAAGUAUUUAUUAAAUAAGA